UAUAAAUAUAUAAAUUAUUUAUAUACAACUAGGAGUAUAUAAACUAGUUAUACAUUGUAAAUUUAUAAACCAAGUAUUAAACUUAGUAGUAAUAAUGGUUGAAGAAAUGGAUACAACAGGAGGUGCUUUGAAUAGUUUAUUUUCAUUCACCAGCCCAUCUGUAAAAAAACUACUGGGGUGGAAACAAGGGGAUGAAGAAGAGAAGUGGGCUGAAAAAGCUGUAGAUGCAUUGAUGAAAAAGUUAAAAAAAACAAAAGGAGCAACUGAAGAUUUACAAAAAGCUCUAAGUUCACCUGGACAACCAAGUAAAUGUGUCACUAUACCUAGAAGUCUUGAUGGUCGAUUGCAAGUAUCUCACAGAAAAGGUUUACCUCAUGUCAUAUACUGCAGAGUAUGGCGAUGGCCUGAUCUUCAGUCACACCAUGAGCUUAAAGCAGUUGAUCACUGUCAAUUUCCAUUCUCUGCUAAACAAAAAGACGUUUGCAUAAAUCCAUACCACUAUCAAAGAGUUGAAAGUCCAGUUUUACCGCCAGUACUAGUUCCUCGUCAAAGUGAAUAUGCUCCACAACAGACAUUGCAGCAAUAUCAACCACCACCAAUUGAUGUUGGAAUGCCAAUUAAUGUAUCCAUGAACACUGAUGGAUUUCCUGAAAAUGUAUUAACUACUAAUCAAACUACAUCUAAUGUUCCCAAUCAAAUUUCUUCUACAAAUAACAUUAAUCCUUUUUCAGAUACUUCUCUAAUAGAGAAUACUUCAUUUUCUUCUACAGAAGAUCCAAACAAAAUAAAUAAUAUCGACAAAAAUACCAAUUUAGAAGAUCUUGAUGGUAUUCCAAUAGUCUAUCAAGAGCAACCUUGUUGGGCUAGUAUAGCAUAUUAUGAACUCAACUCUAGAGUGGGUGAAGUUUACCAGUGUCAUUCUCCUCAUGUGGUUGUGGAUGGUUUUACAAAUCCUAGAAAUGAUUUAAAUCGAUUUUGCCUUGGUCAAUUGUCUAAUGUAAAUCGUAAUUCAACUAUUGAAAAUACUAGACGACAUAUAGGCAAAGGUGUUCAAUUGUAUUAUGUAGGAGGUGAAGUCUUUGCUGAAUGUUUAUCUGACUCUGCUAUAUUUGUUCAAUCACGUAAUUGUAAUCAACACCAUGGUUUUCAUCCAUCUACAGUGUGUAAAAUACCACCAGGUUGUUCUUUGCGUAUAUUUAACAAUCAAGAAUUUGCUGGUCUUUUGUCACAAUCAGUUAAUCAUGGAUUUGAGGCAGUUUUUGAAUUAACCAAAAUGUGUACAAUACGUAUGUCAUUUGUAAAAGGUUGGGGGGCUGAUUAUCAUCGUCAAGAUGUAACAAGUACACCAUGUUGGAUUGAGAUACAUUUACACGGACCUUUACAAUGGCUUGAUAAGGUAUUAACACAAAUGGGAAAACCUCAUGAUGCUAUAACAUCACAUUCUUAAUUUUAAAAACUGUUUUUAAAAUUUCAUUUGAUGAUUCCUAUGGUAACUUUUAUUUUAUAAAGUAUAUUUUUUUAAUACUUUGUGAAACUAUUUAAUUGAAGAUUUAAC